CCCUCCAGGUCAACCCGAUUCCCGGAAGCCAAAUGAGGUGCUUUUCGGAGCGAUGGGAUCUUCCGUCAUAUUGCCUGGAUUCAGCAAAGAAGAUUUUAAAAAUGUCAAGCACGUCAAGUGGACAUUCUCCAAGACAAAAAUUCUCGACUAUUAUAGUGUGACGAACAUACCUACCUUCACCAAUUUUUAUAAGUAUCGAUCUCAGUUCUUCUCUUCAAAUGGAUCAUUGCUGUUAAAAAAUGUCACAAAAAGUGACCGUGGAUUGUACGAGGUGCAGAUUAAUUUAAAUACCACCAAAGUGUUCCAACUAAAUGUUCUCAUUGCACUGUCAGAGCCUUCAGUCAGCAAUAAUUCAACUGACCUUGGUGCCACCAUUGCGCUGAACUGUGGAGUGUCCGUCGGGGAAGUGGAAUCCCGUCUCUGGUGGAAAGAUGGAAAAUUGGUAAUGAGUGACCAACACCAUUGGCUCCUGCAGGACAACAGCACGUUGAUUAUCAUCGGGGCUGAAAAGUCGGAUUGUGGCAACUACACUUGCAGCUUGGAGAAUAGUGUCAGCAGCAAGAACGUUUCACAUUGGCUUCCUAUUUCUGGUUUUCCACUUGUGAUUCUCUGUACAAUGGUAUUAUCCAUUGUUGCCCUGAUAUUUGCUUUGUCAGUCCUCAUGGGGAUAAUUCUUCUGUGUUUCCACUCUGACAGUAACAGAAUAGGUACUGACUUUCACGGGAAAGCACUGAAGUAUCUCCACAUGGCUUCGCUCCUGUCGUUAAUCACUCUUCUAGCAGCCUUCGCCUGUUUGACAGAGUCUUCAGGUACAGUGUGUGUUCCUGGUUGUAAUUUAUCUGACUCCAUCGGCUAGCUGUUCUUACCUCAC